GGUGACCUCUCCUCAGCUGCCCAUACACAUUUUUUCCCCUUCCCAGUCCGCAAGGAGCCUUACAAUAAUAGCAUGCCUGUACUUCCCUAAGUCUGGAUUUCCCUACCCCAAAGCAGCUUGGAGAGACUCGGUCACCGGGUGCCACAAGCAGCUGUGACCCAGCACUCAACCUCCACAUGUCAGAGACUGAUAACGGGAGAUGGCCCAAAAGAUAACGCUUGCUCUGCUUAGCAAAGCUGGAGAACUUUGGGGUUCCAAGAUAACCCAGAUCCCCGCUUCGAGCCGGGCCCCUGCGAUCGGGCUGCGUGCAGAGACAGGAACCGGGGCUCGGCUGCAACGUUUCCUGUUUCACAGAGCGAGUAAAAGAGUGAGAGCAGCAAAAUGAGGUGCUUGGCACGAAGAUGGCAGUUGGAGCGUGUUUGUGCCCGAUAACCACCGGCUCAUCCUGCUCCUCCGUGGCGAUCGAGGGGUAGGACGGCACCCACGGGCCAGCCUCCACAAUCGACACCAGGAGGGUGUAACAUGAACCAGCAUGAAGCACUUUUUUUCCGGUUGUUUUCCUUGAAGCGAGAAGCGUAACAGCUUGGAAAGCAAAGAGAAGGGACGUGUUUGCUAAUUAGAGAGGGUAAUUUGGGGUAACAGGAGGAGGAAAUAGAGUAUUAGCUUGUCAAGAAGGCCUCAACAGUUGGCUCAGCUUGGGCAUAAAGGACCCCCCGAGCGAACAGGACGGUCACAGAGGAGCAGCAGCGCUGCACCCAACAUGAUCAGCCAGCCCGAGAAGGCACGGGCACGGCACAGGCGGGUGAAUGAGAGCUACGAUGAGAAGUGUGAGCGGCGGCACGAGAAGCGGGAGAACCUGCGGUGGCGAAACAACAGGACAACCUGCCGCCGUGUCCGGAAGGGAACAGGACAGCCACCACCGAGCCCCCGGCAAAGGGAGUUCCUGAGGAGGAGAAACCUGGCAAGCGAUGCUGGAAGGACACCUCUGGGACAGGAGCUUGAAGCACGCAUCCCCCCAGACCUCUCCUCAUGGUUGGAUCUGAGGUCACCCACCUUGCUCCAGAAGCCCUGGAGCUGCCCCAUGCUCUCCCCUGCACACUCCCUGCUCCACCUCAGCGUUCCCCUCGGCAUUUCAGCAGAAGCUACCCCCAGGCGAGGUGUCUCCGUGAACACUCAAGGAACCCAGACCCUUACACAGCCAAGCACAGGACUGAAAGACUCGAGCCAGCAGACAGACUGUGGAAUAGCAGUUUUCAAUAAGGAAAUGGUGCAGCUCUCCAACUACCUGAAGGAGGCUCUGCACCGCGAGCUGCUCCUCAAGCAGAAGAUGCUGAUUUUGCAGGAGCUUUUCUCCACGCUGCUGGAGGCAUCGGAAAAAACCUGGCAGGGUCAGCUGAAUGAAGACAAACUGAAGUGUAAACUAAGGGCACUUGAAAAUCAGCUACAGGCUUGCACACAGAGUUACUCAAAGGAGUGCGUGAAGAAGAUCCUGAUCGAGAUGGAGGACCAGAAACAGACCUACGAGCAGAAGGCAAAAGAGGCUCUUCAGAAGAUGCUGGAGGACAAACUCCAAACUGAACAGCAGCUGCAAAAUUCGCAGAGAAGCCUGGCAGCGACAAGAGAGGACCUCGCCUUCUGGAAAGAGCACUAUACCACUCUCAAAGCCGAAUGGACCAAGAUGACCACGGCGCAUACAGAGCUCGAGAACAGCUUCCACGUUUUGCAAAGCGAACUGCAGCGAGCAGCCACACAGAAGGAGCAGCUCCAGCAGGCCCUGCACAGCUUGCAGAGCGAGCACGCCACGCUCCACCGGAGAGCCAGCACCUUGCAGGAGGACAACCACCAGAAGGCUGAGCACAUCAGCACCAUUGAAGAUAAAUUGCAAAAAGAACAAACCCAGAAGGUAAAGCUAGAGGCAACAAUCAGCCACUUGAACAACCUGAUCCAGAACCAGAGCAACCAACAGAAGAGCCAGGAGGGGACGGAGCGAAGGAAAGACCAGGUUGUCACCACGCAAAUCCCACCUCCCGCUCCUGCCAAGGAAAACCAAAACGCUCCAUUAGAGCGACCCGAGGAGAAGGCAGGCGAGGAAAGGCUAAAGGAUGAGAUGCAGAACAAGACAUCCCAGCUUACAGCAAAGGAGAAGGAGGUGCAUCUGGGCACACAGACAGCAGAAGGGAACGUCCCCCAUCACUGCAGUGCCCGGGCACGGACAAGGCGCUGCGGCUGCUGCGGGAGCCCUGCCGCUCGGGGUGCGUACAACAGCGAGGGGAUCCCUCCUGCUGAGGGCCGCUUCCUGUGCCUGCAGUGCACCGAGCUGCGCUCUGAGCUGGAGGUCCUGAGCGAGGAGUACCGCUCCUGCCUGACCAGGCUGCGCCAGUGCCGCGACGAGCUCAACCGCUUCCAGAGCAAGAAGGCAAAGUCACUGGAUUCCUCUCCUGGUGGCGGUGAUAGCAAUAGCCAUAGCCACCCUCCUGGCAAGCUACAAACCAUGAAAGACCUUCUCGCUGACUGAUCUCACCGCAGGAACUGACUUCUCCUUCACCAGUAGCAAGGCACCCUCGCCGCAGCGCAUCGUCUACUGUUUUGUACUAUCUGUUUGGUUCAUAUCUUGAGCCGGUCUCACUCCCAACUCCCACAAGGGAGAUCGCCCUCUCCCUUGGUUGCUUUUGUUAUUCUGCCUCAGUUGAAGUUUGUGCUGCCCAGAACAUAUAAUGGUGAGAGACAAAGCCACUUCACCUGCCGCUGCCAGGGCUCAAAGGGUCCAGAGAGACAGAGCAGCAGGGACGGGGCAUCCUCUGCUCUUAGGAUCCAGUCUCCCUGGUUUCCAUGCCAGGCAGCUGAGAGGACUACUAAAUUAUCUUCCUUUAUUUAUCACCACCCUAGAUCACAGAAUCAUGGAAUGGGCCGUUGGAAGGGACCUUAAAGCCAACCCAGUUCCAACCCACCUUGCCAUGAGCAGGGACACCUCCUACUGGAUCACAUCACUCAAAGCCUCACCCAACCUCACCCAACUUCAACACCUUCAGGCAUGGGGCAAUGGGAGGUAUUUGACCCUGGUCCAUCCCUGCUGAUACCUGACAAAGAAACUCAGCUCAGGGGGUUUACUGCCCCCGUGCACUACCCACCCUGAGCUGCUUUCCCACCGCCCACCUGCCCUGCCCCAGUUAGGCCCAACGCUCUUCCAGCCCAUCUGGUGGCCAAGCAUCCUCACAGCCACAUCCACCUCCCCUUCACUGCUAGCUCGUUAACUCGACAUGCAGAAGCUGAAGACUCUUUUGGAGCUGGACUGUGCAACCCUUUAUUCCAGCACAGGCUCCACUACAAAGUGGUACACGACACAUCGCAUGAGUAGUC